AUGAAAUACGUUUUGAUAUUGGGUGGUGUAAUUUCGGGUAUUGGGAAAGGCGUUAUUGCGUCCUCCACGGGGUUACUGUUAAAAACAUUAGGUCUAAAGGUGACCGCAAUUAAGAUUGACCCUUACAUAAAUGUGGAUGCUGGUACUAUGAACCCUAUCGAACAUGGUGAGGUAUUCGUUUUAAAUGAUGGAGCCGAAGUGGAUCUCGACCUCGGGAACUAUGAAAGAUUUCUUGAUGUAACAUUAACACGGGACAAUAAUAUCACAUCUGGGAAGAUAUUUCAGCAUGUCAUAGAAAAAGAGAGGAGAGGUGAUUAUCUGGGGAAAAAUGUACAAACAGUCCCUCAAAUAACCGAUGCAAUUCAAAGCUGGAUUGAGCGGGUUGCAAGAAUUCCUGUGGACAAAAGCGGCGAAAUACCAGACAUUUGUAUAAUUGAGUUGGGAGGCACAAUAGGUGAUUUUGAAUCGGCUCCAUACAUAGAAGCAUUACGACAGUUCCAAUAUCGAGUUGGACAGGAAAAUUUCGCCGUCAUUCAGGUGUCUCUGGUGCCGGUUCUUGGUGUGGUCGGUGAGCAAAAGACGAAACCUACACAGGCUACGAUCAGGCAGCUGAGAGCUUUGGGUUUGAAACCUGAUCUGAUUGCUUGCAGAUGUUCUGAAGAAUUAGAGGCUCGCGUUCGCUCAAAGAUUGCUCUCUAUUGUCGUGUGGAACUCGAACAAGUGCUAUCGGUCCAAGAUGUUGCAUCAACAUACCAUGUACCGCUACUACUUAAAGAUCAGGGUAUAUUAAAUUAUCUGACGAAGCGUUUCAGGUUGGACUGCAUCAACAUUACACCUGAAUGGCAGCGGAAGGGGAGCAAUUUACUACGGUUCUGGAAGAAGUUGACUGUCGAACACAGUCGCUCUCGAGAAACAGUUACAAUCGUCCUAGUGGGAAAAUAUACUUAUCUUCAAGAUUCGUACAUUUCAGUCGUUCAGGCUCUCGAACAUGCCUCAAUAGAAUGCGGACGUAAACUGGUCUUGAAGUGGGUAGAGGCUAGUGACCUAGAAGCUGAGACGAAAGAAACAAAUGCUGAGAAGUACGAGGCUGCAUGGGAUACGAUACGCUGUGCUGAUGGGAUCCUUGUUCCUGGUGGAUUUGGGAAUCGUGGUACUGAGGGUAAAAUUGCAGCUGUCAGAUAUGCAAGAGAGAAGAAAGUUCCAUUUUUAGGUAUUUGUCUUGGAUUGCAAGUAGCAGUUAUCGAAUUCGCACGUCAUGUAUGUGGCAUUGAAAACGCCAACUCGGAGGAACUAGAUGCAGAGGCCGUCAAUAAAUUAGUUGUGUAUAUGCCGGAAAUCUCGCGUACACAUCUCGGCGGUACCAUGAGAUUAGGCUUACGACCGACGAGGUUUACCAAGGAGAGUGAAGGCUGGUGCAAAAUCCGCAAAAUAUACGAAGCACAUCAGUCAAUGGGUACCAUAACAAAAGAAGGCAGCAUGGUUGGAGUCAAAGAACGUCAUCGUCAUCGUUAUGAAGUUAACCCAGAGUAUAUUCCCUUGUUAGCAGAGAAUGGACUAACGUUUGUUGGACGUGAUGAGACGGGAAAACGCAUGGAAAUAUUGGAAUUACCAGACCAUCCGUUCUUUGUGGGAACCCAGUAUCAUCCAGAAUAUCUUAGCCGUCCACUACGACCUGUGCCCACAUUCCUUGGUUUUGUGGCAGCGUCUGCUGGAUUGCCACUAAGUUCUCUAUUCUCUAAACAUUUACCAAAUUGA